GUGGUCAUUCAUCCGAGUUUUGCGGCAACAAUACACAAUAAAUAAGUUUUGUUAGUUAAGAAAAUUGAAAAUUCGUUCCGGUAGUGAAUUAAAAAUAAUUUUUUUUUUCUUUCUGUUUCUUAAAUAUUCUUAUUAGCAUAUUCAAUAGAAAACAUACAAAAAACAUGUGUCAUUAAUAAAGAAAAAAGGAAAUAAAAAUUAAUAGAAUAAAAUAUAAAUAUAAUUUUAUAUAAUAUUAAUUUGAAAUUAAUAAUAAUUUAAAGGAAUUUUAUAUAAAAAAGAAUAUGUGUAAAAAUAAUAAAUGAAGCAAAAUUAAACAGAAGAAGAAAGUUAAAGAUCUUUUCAGCGUUUUAUAUUUUUAUUAUUAUUUUUUUCUUUUUUAUUAACAAAUCAAGUUUUAAUGAAAAGUAAAAGAUCUGCAAAAAUAUUUAAUGUAAUCCUCCUAUUUGGUUUUGAUUUCAAAAAAUUUCAAAAUUCAUGAAAUAUGAGAAGAACUCUUAAUAGAAAUCAUUAUUUCAUUUUGGGAUUUUUAUUAGGUUUAAUAUUAAGUUUUUAUAUACCAGAAGAUGUAUGGGAAUUGGCACAGGAUGCUGCUAGUAAUUGUCCUGGUAUAGUUGAAGAUGAAAGAUUUGGUGAAGGUUUUGAGCCACAUUUAAACUUAAUAAAUAAACCAUUAGCUGCUAAAAAACGAGCAAAAACAGUUAUACGGCCACGUUAUUAUUCAUCUGAAUUAGGUAUACGUGAAAAAUUAUUUAUUGGUGUUAUGACAUCACAAGAAAAUAUUAAUACAUAUGCAACAGCAAUUAAUAAAACAACAGCACAUUUAGUUAAUAAAAUAAAAUUUUUUAUUAAUGCCGACAAUGUUAAAUCAAAUUUUAAAUUAAAAAACAUUGUCGGCUUUACAGAUACACGUGAAAAUUUAAGACCAUUUCAUAUAUUAAAAUAUAUUGCUGAUAAUUAUUUAGAAGAUUAUGAUUAUUUUUUAAUAAUACCAGAUACAGUAUAUGUUGAUGCAAAAAAAUUAAAAAAUUUAUUAUAUCAUCUUAGUAUAUCAUUUGAUAUAUAUAUGGGUCGAAAAAAAUCUGAAAAACAAUUAAAUCAAUUUAAUGAUAAUAUCGAUGAUAUCGAUAUAAAUAAUAAUGUUAAUAAUAUAUAUAAUAAUAAUGGUGGUAGUGAAAACAAUAAUAAUAAUAAUAAUAAUAACAAUAACAUAGAUGGUGAUCAUAAUUAUUGUGAUUUAAAUGCUGGCAUUUUAUUAAGUAGUAGUGUUAUUAGAAAAAUGAGAACAAAUUUAGAUUGGUGUGUUAGAAAUGCUGUUACAAAUAUACAUAGUAUUAAUAUUGGACGUUGUGUUAAAUAUUCAAGUAAGGUGACUGGAUGUCAAGAUAAAUUUCAGGAAAUUGAAAUCAAAUCAUAUGAAUUUGAUAAUAUUAAAUUAUAUAAAGAUUUGAAAGUAUUACAAAAAGACUCAGAGUUUCGUAACUCAACAAUUAUUUAUCCAGUGACAAGUGUAGAUGAAUUUUAUAUAUUGCAUGCAUAUUUCUGUCGGCUUCAUUUGGAUGCAUUACGUGAAAAAAGUUAUCAAUUAGAAAAAAAAUCUUAUUUUAUUGCAAAUGGUACAAUACCAAAUGAUAUUUUAGAAAUACGUUGGCCUUUAGGUACAAUACCGGUCAGUAUGCCAGAAACCCGACAUGAUAUUAUAACAUGGCAUUUUAUAAAUAGAACACAUACAUUUAUGCCAAAUCAUGAAAAUGCAAUAGAACCAUUAAAACAAAUUGAUUUACAAGAUUUAAAUAAAAUUAUAAAUAUAACAGUCUCAUAUAUUAAAAAAAAGUAUCAUCAAAAUGAAAUGCAAUGGGAACAACAACAGCAGCAACAGCAGCAAUCACAAGAAAUGGAAUUUUCUGAAAUUGGAAAUUUAAAUUCAUUAAAAUAUGAAAAGAUUCAUACAAUUUAUAGACGUUUUGAUCCGAUGCGUGGAAUGGAUUAUCAUAUACAUUUUUUAUUCUUAGAUUUAAGAACAAAUAAGAGGCAUAUAAAAAGCUUUUAUGUUGUUAAACCACUUGGUAAAGUUGAAAUAAUUCCAUCACCAUAUGUAACUGAAUCAACAAGAAUUGCAAUAUUAUUACCAACAUUUGAACAUCAAAUUGAUAAUUUAGAUAAUUUUAUAAAAUUAUAUGAGAAAAUUUGUAUGGAAAAUCAAGAUAAUACAUUUUUAAUGUUAAUAUUUUUAUAUAAUUAUAAUUCAUCAAGUAAAGGUGAUUUAGAUCCAUUUCGUAAUAUUAAACAAUUAGCAUUAGAUUUAACAACAAAAUAUAAAACGGAUGGUUCUAGAAUAGCAUGGGUAUCAAUUAGAUUACCACAACAAUUAAAUGAAAUCUCAUCAAAUAUAGAUAAUAAUAUAAUGUUAAGUUCAAUAUAUGGAAAAUAUGAAAUACUCAGUUUGGCUGUGACAGAUUUAUCAUUACCAAAAAUUGGUUUAGAUAGUUUAAUAUUACUUGGUUCGAAUGCAAUGACAUUUAAGGCUGAUUUUUUAAAUAGAGUACGAAUGAAUACAAUACAAGGUUUUCAAAUAUUUUCUCCAAUAGCUUUUAUGAUGUACCCUUGUAAAGCAUUUAAUUUUUGUAAAGAAUGUGAUACAUGUGAUGUAUCACAAGGUACUGGUUAUUUUGAUAAAUAUAAUUAUGAUGUUACAUCAUUUUAUAGUAAAGAUUAUGUUGAAGCUCGUAAAAAAAUUGAAAAUUUUGUACCAAUAAUACGAACUGAUAACGAUAUUGAAUUAUUAUUUAAUCGAAAUGAUAAAUCAACAUCAUCAUCAACAAUAAUAACAACAACAACAACAACAUCAACAACACCAAUUAUUAAUAAUGUUUUAGAUAUUUUUAUACAUUCUCAAUUAUCAAUACAUACAUUACGUGGUAUUGAACCAAAUUUAAGAUACGGUAAUACAAUUAGAAAUUUUAUUAAAAAACGUAAUUCAAUUAAAAAUUUACCAAAAUGCCCAUAUUCUAAAUAUUAUAAUAGUAAUAGUAAUUAUAAUAAUAAUGAAAAUGAAAAUGAAAUAAAUAAUAUUCCAAAUAGUAAUAGUAAUAUUAAUAAAAAUAGUAAAUUAUUAAAUAAUUACUAUAAUGAAAAUAAAUGUAUUCAUUUAGCAGCUAGAAAACAUAUUGGUGAUGCUAUUAUAAGAUAUGAAGACAAAAUUGGAAAAGGUAGACAUUAGUAUAAAUUAAAAUAGAUUCAAAAAAAAAAAAAAAAUUACAAAAAUUUUAAAUGCUCAACUAUUACUGUAAUAAAAUUUACUAUAUGAGAAACCAAUAGUAUAAUAUAUGUAUGUAUGUAUGUAUGUAUAUAGAAAUAAGCCAAAAUUUACAAUAUAGGUUACAAUGAAUAACCCCCCAAGAUAAAUAACAUAUUAUAUCAAUUUAAAAAUUUCAUUCGAAUUCAUUCUUGAACUUUUUAAAUAUUCACUUAAAAUAUAUAUGUAGCAAUAUAUCGUGAGGUUAAUGCUACAACUAGAUAACUUGCAAUUAAUGCGGUUUACAAAUAUUAACUUUUAAAGAUACAAAAUUUAGCAAUAACAAGUAAUUUAUCAUGAAGACACCUAAUUUUUGUAUUAUCAUUUUCAGAUAUUUAAGAAUAAAUUUAAUCUUAGAUAUUGAUCGCAUAUUAAUUAUCAGGUCGCAGGUUAAUUAUCUAUAAAAAUAUAAAACUUUCGAUUUAUCUAGUCGUAGCAUUAACCUCACGAUAUUAGGUAUCGAAUUGUUAAUCAUAUAAAAAUAUCAUUUGGCUUUAAUUAAAUUUCUUCAUUAAUUUUGUAAUUAUUUAAUUUCUCCACCAUUUCUUAUUAUUUAAAAAAAUUUAAU